AUGCUGGAUUCUCAUCUUACAGAUACUUUGCAUUUGCUUAAAAAGUAACCAUAACAUAGAUGCAAAGCAGAAAUAGAUCUAUUAGUCUAAAUGACCUAAGAACUACCAUUUUUUAAGUAGUAUUAGAAGCAAGAUAAUGGAUUACUUAUUCAUCGAGAGUGCUGUAAAUAUAUGUUUAUUGAAAAAUUCUAAUCAAGUGAAGUUGUCUUUCAUUUAGGUAUUAAUAUCUAUAUCAAUUAGAUACAAUUGGAACAAAAUUUUAUGUGAUUUUAGAUGGACAGGUAGAAGUUUUAAUAAGAAGGAGAGGAUUUGAUGAAUUAGAAUCUGUUAGAAUCCUUAAAAAAGGAGAAUCCUUUGGUGAAUUAGCACUUAUUCAUAAACAACCUAGAUUGGCGACUAUAAGAUGUGUCACUGAUUGCAUAUUUGCUAUUUUGGAUAAAUAAUAAUUUUAAAAGAUAUUACAUUAUGAAUAAACUAAAAAGAUAGAACAAGUAGUUAUCUUAAAUAUUUUAGAAUAUUGAUUUUUUUUCUCAAAUUUCAAUUUUUAAUUAACUGAAUCGAACAUAAUUAACAUCGAUAUAUUUGAAUUCAUUUUUGUAUGAAUAUGAAAAAAACCAAGUAGUAGUCUAAGAAGGUGAAAAGUCUGAUAGUUUUCUUAUUGUCAAAUAAGGUUUAUUUUAAGUUAGAAAAUAGAAAAAUAAAUCUUAACCAUUAAUUGUAAUAAUUUUUAUUUUAUUUUAGUUAUUUGAAAUAGGAGAGAUGUAAGUUUUUGGAUUUUAUCAUCUAUAUAAUAAAAUCCCUUAUGAAUAUUCUAUUAUUUGUUUAUCUUCAAAAGGUUUGAUAUAUAAAAUACACAGAAAUUCAUUAAUUGAAAAAAUAUUUGAAUCAUAUUCUUAAGAUCUAGACAAAUAUAAAAAUGAAAUUAAUUUUUAUGCUAAUUAUAAAGUAAGUUAGGAGUAAUCAACACAUCUAAAAUAUCCAAGAUUUUUCUAAAAUAAAACAGAAGUUGAUGAAGAAUGGGAAAUUUAAUAAGAUUAGGUUUCAUCUAAAUUUAAUAAAAAUUAAAAAUUUAAUAAUUUCAAUAAUAAGACAAGAAAUCAAAUGAUAUAAUAGAAAAUGGACAAUCUUGUAGAAUAAUAAAGAAGAAAAUAAAAUAAUUAAUAAAUUACACCAUAAACUAAUGGACUCUUUUAAAUUUUUCUUAAAUCUCAUAGAGGAUUAAAAGAUUCAACCUUAAAUUUAAGAUAAAAAAGUCCUUCUGUACUUGAGUGUUAAAAUAGAUAAUUUGGAAGCAAUAGUCAUUUUGUAAACUCAGAUGAAAUGUCUAUAAACCCAUUUAUCACUUAUAGAUGUGGUAGUCCUCCUCUAAAAAAUGAUUGUAUAAGACAUAAUAUUUUAAAAACAUCAAGUAGUUAAAGAACAAUAUUCAAAUAGCCAAAGCAAAGUAGUAAUAAAUUUAGGAUUUAGUAACAUAAUAUCCUAAAAAACUCUUUUAUUUGUUAUAAUUAAAUAUAGUUAAGUCCAAAAAUUACAAAGCUAAAUGUAUAUUCUAAUUGA